AUGGGAAAUUGUGUGACCAAUAGAACAAAAAUCACUACCAAUCUUGAUAAACCAUAAAAACAAUCUAUACAUCAAGCAUUCUUUAAAUAAACUUUAACAAAUCCUGAGUAUUAUUUGCUACCCAUUCUUUAGAUCGAGAAACCAAUUCUUGCUUUUUGAGGAAAAUUUCAUUGAAAUUUUUGAUGACAUUCCAUAUUUGGGACAAUAUACAUAUUGGUUUUUAUUGGGAUUACAAAAUAAUGAAUUAAAAGGCAUAGAAUAUCAAACAAUCUUAUAAUUUUCAGAAAUCUUUAUUUUAGGCAGUUCUUAAAAUGAAAUCCUCAGAUUACCAAAUAGAGUAUCUCUCAUUGUUGCAAUAAUUACACUUUUUGGCAAUUUAAAUAUACAAAAUUCAAUCAAAGAAUUUUCAUCUAUGUCAAUCACUUAUCUUUUAACAUCCAAAUGUUUAAAAGUCUUUCUUGCUAUGAUGAUUAGAAAAUAAAACAUAAAUGAAUUACCUAUAAAAUCAUUUGUUGAUUCAAUUUUUUCAAAAUUUGAUGUUAAUGUCCCAAUUUUAUAAUUUGUAAAAUUUGUUGAUAUGUUUAUGCCUUCAUUAGAAGAAAUCAUUGAAGACUAUUUUUAUGAUAAAUUUUUAGGUGAAUAGAAAUUGUUUUAUUCUCCAUAAUUGAGUAAUCCAUCCCAUAUUUUAAAUUAAGAAUGGCUUGCCCUAAUGUACUUAUGUUUUAUGCAUAAAGAUACUAUUAAAUUAGAAUUGCUUUAUUCUAAUUUAUUAAAUGAGAAUUGCUUUGAAUUAUUGACUAAUCUAUUAACAUAAGCUACUACAAGUCUAUUAUUCAUAAUUAAAUGUGAACAUGCAGGUAGAAAAUAUAUUUUUGGAGCUUAUACUAAUUUUGAAUGGAAAGAUGAUGCUUUACCUAAUGGAAGUAAAGAAGAUUGUAUUUUCUAAAUGUUUCCAUAAUUUCGAGUUUACAAAACAAAAAAUGAUAAAUUCACAAGAUCAUAAUAUAUAUAUUUAAAUUCAAAAAAUGAAGAAUUAGUUAAAGGAAUAGGAUUUGGAGGAGAAUUAGCUAAAGAUUUUAGAAUAUUCUUACAUUCAGAUCUUUAAAGUGUUUAGUGUAAAAGUCAUGACAAGACUUAUGAACCAGGGGAAUUAAUGCCGUUAAAAUAAGGAAAGAUUAAUUUAUUGGAGAUUUGGACAAUCUAAUAGAUUUAAGGUACAACUUAAUUCAAGGAUUUAAUCUAAUAAAAAAUGGAGGAUUAGAUUGAAUUAGAAGAAUUUGAAUUGCCUUAAAUUCAUUUAGAUGAAGAUAUUAUUUCUGAUAGAUCAAAUGAUCAUUCUUAAAUGAGUCAAUCUAUAAAUGAAUAAAAAUAAAGGGAUUCUUGUGAUUGUGGAGAGGGUUCUAGUUAAAAUGGAUUUGAAGAAGAAAUUAUAAUAAAGAAUGAUGGAUUUGUAGAAAUAAAGAAAAAUUAAUAGGAUUUUGAAGUUGUUGAAUUAAUUGACAGUGUAAAUAUAAAUGAUAUUUGAUUAGAAUAAUAAAACAAGUAUCAAAUUUGAAAAUCAAAUGAAUAACAAUGUUUAAUUUGAAGAAGUAGUUAUUAAAACAACAGAGAAUAUGGAAUCAUCUGCUGUAUAAGUAGUUUAUAAUGUACAAUCAGGGAAAUUUGGAGAUGUUGAAGAAGAUGAAAAGUAAAAGUAUAUAUUAAAUAAAAGUUGGAAUGGUGAUAAUUCAGAUUGGAAAGGUGACAUUAGUAAUUCAAAUAAAUAAAAGAAAAUGUUUGUAAGUUAAGACUUUAAUGCAAUAAAUGAAAAUCUUUAAGUAUCCACUAAUACAGAAUUAUGA